AGCUGUUUUUUUUUUGGUCAUAUAAUUUUAUUUCUAGGCGCGGAAACUGAGUGAAGAGGCGGGAGGAUCGGAGGGAUCGAAAGCAAAGCGGCCGAAGUUAGAGGAAGCGUCAGAUGAGGAUAGUAAUGCUACUAAAAGCAACGAUGCGCCACCCACCACUUCUUCUGGUGAAGCGAACAAGCGCGGCGAAGAUGAGGAAAUGAGCGUAGACGAAGAGGAGCUGGAAGCAGUGGAGGAGCAUAAUGGCAGCUUGGAGGGCAAUGGAGAUGGUCGGGGAAUGCUGGAAAGUGUUGAUUACGCCAAACUAAACAGUGUGAAUAGCGAUGAACGACAGCAGGAAUUAGCAAAUAUUGCAGAAGCUGCGCUUAAAUUUCAGCCGAAAGGGUUUACUUUGGAGACGACUCAGGUCAAAACAGCGGUGCCUUUCUUAAUCAGGGGAACUUUACGUGAGUAUCAAAUGGUAGGAUUGGACUGGUUAGUCACGUUAUACGAAAAGAACCUCAAUGGGAUAUUAGCCGACGAGAUGGGUUUGGGAAAAACUAUCCAAACGAUCUCCUUAUUGGCUCAUCUUGCGUGCUGUGAAUCAAUCUGGGGUCCGCAUUUGAUUGUGGUGCCAACAUCAGUAAUUUUGAAUUGGGAGAUGGAACUGAAGAAGUGGUGUCCAGCAUUCAAAAUUCUAACCUAUUUUGGGGCACAGAAAGACCGUGCGGAGAAGCGAAAGGUGAGCUUCACUUGA